UCCUAUCAGGAGAGCAUGCGCUGUAAGAGAUGAACCUACCAAAUGAACCCAAUAAAUGCCAUCUCACAGAUGUUGCGCAAGCUAGCCUACGAGAAAUGUUGGAUGUUGGGCUUGAGCAGAUCAGUUGUACAGGAGUGUCUGAGACCUCGUGAAAUGUCAGUUAGAAUAAAGACGCUGAGAUGUGCGCGGCACUUUAUAUUUUGUCCACGGUGACGGGGUAUGUGUUGACCUCCGCGCUACUGUUGAAAUGUCCAGCUCUGUUACACCGACGAAAGCAGGGGGUAUUCCGGAGCAGGCAUAUAUCCCAUCGCGGGGGAGCUGGAGAAAACUUGGAGAAUACAAUGGCAGCAUUCAGACAUGCGGUGCAGCUGGGCACAGACAUGUUGGAGCUGGACUGUCAUCUGACGAAGGACGAGCAAGUGGUGGUUUUGCACGAUAGCAACCUGAUGAGGUCAACAGGUGUGAGCGUUGACAUCUCCGAUGUGGCCUAUGUGGAUAUCCCUCCUUACCUCUGCAGACUUGGUGUUACCUUUCAGAAAGAGUGUUAUUGUGAGGGAGGUGACGACAAGCGUAUCCCUUUGCUGAGAGAGGUCUUCGAGAACUUCCCCACCACACCUGUCAACAUCGACAUCAAAGUCAACAAUGACACCCUCAUCAAAAAGGUCUCAGAACUAGUGGUCAAAUACGACCGGGAACAUCUGACUGUGUGGGGAAACUCUAACAAUACAAUUGUGAAGAAAUGCUUCAAGGAGAACCCACAGAUCCCAUUGCUGUUCAGCAUGCCCAGAGUGCUGCUCCUGGUGGGGCUCUUCUACACUGGCCUCCUGCCCUUCUUCCCUCUCAAGGAGCAGUUCCUAGAAAUCCCCAUGCCUUCCAUCAUCACCAAGUUAAGGGACCCCUCUAGAUUGACAAGGAGCCAGCGCGUGUUCAUUUGGCUUGCUGACACGCUACUGAUGAGGAAAGCACUGUUUGAUCAUUUAACUGCUAGAGGAAUACAAGUGUAUAUUUGGGUACUGAAUGAUGAGGAGGAUUUCCAACGUGCUUUUGACCUUGGCGCCAGUGGAAUCAUGACCGACUAUCCAACCAAGCUGAAAGAAUUCAUAGAGAAGAACAGUAUUAGAUUAAGUAAAGAGUGAGCAGUGUGUUUAGACACCCUGGUGUCCACUUAAAUGAGGCGCAUUUGGUGGGUCAAGAUUCAAGAUUGGUGGUGGAGACAGUUUUUGUUUGCGUGUCUGUCUCUCUGUCUCUUUUUGUGGAAUUACACCAACUACCAUUUUUUCAAGUUUACCUUAUGUCUUACCAGUACAGUAGAUAGACAACUAUUGUCAACCCAUUCAAAGGGCCCAUUGUUGUGGAAACCAUGUUUUUGUAUUUGUGUGUGGAAAAUGGAACGGCACUAAGAAAUGGUUUAGGGAGGCCAACAGAUUUUCCUUUGUAGUUUGAGAUCUGUGUAUUUUCAGCUGUGACAUAGGCAGCUUAUUUCUGGCCUUAUUUCCAGGUCACAAACUGCCAAAACUACAUUUAUUUUCUUUAUUGUUCUUCAAAACUUAGUGAUUUAAUAUAAAACUGCAAAUAUCAUUGUCUUAAUGAAAGUAUAAAAAUGUCCACUUAAAGAAGUCUUCUUGUGUGAGGAGAAUCGGUUUGUUCCAAUGAUGUAAUGAUAUUGCUUUUGCUAGUUUGCAGACUAUCUGUGAGAUGUCAGUGCUGUUUACAGUGUAGGGCAUCUAAACUUUAUGUCUCUUGAGCGACAUUUAAGGAAUUCAAUCACCAGCCACCUUAGAGGUAUGAUCCACACAGCAGCACCAUCUAGAGAUGCUCUUCAUUUUAUUUGUGCUAUGACCAUAUCAGAGGAGGAGAAAUCAGUAAACCAGAACUGAUCAUGGUUCCUGGCGCAGGGCAUUAAACCUUAACCAUGGUGUGGAUUUCAGUGUGCUGCACCGCUGUCACCACUGUUUUUUUUCCCCCUUGUGGACUGUGGUGGUGGAUGUCCCUUCUUGGGGCAUCUGCUUCUUAGUUGUGGCUGAAUGUAUUGUUAUGGAACACUAAGACUUGUCCUUGUUAAAUGUGUUCUAAAUGUGGCAAUUCCAAUUCAGGGGGAAGAAAUAAUUAUUUACCACUGGGCUGUUUUUAUUCAAAUUUGCACAAGUGUAUAAGGUGUUGUUUGGAUGAUUACGUAUGUAUAUUUGACAUUAGCACAAUGUCUUUUAUUUUUCAUUAUUUGUUUUGUUGGAUGCAUACUAUUAUACAGAUUGUCAUACACUGGUGAGUUGAGCAAGUAAUUUUAAACAAGGUUAAGUAUUGUUGAUAAUGUACUAUUUAUGCAUGGACUUCUUUGCAAUAAAGGGCUUUUAAAAAAGCACAUAAAAAUGAAGAAGUCAUUGUAACUGUUAUGGCUCAGUCAGACAGAGUCUUCACAGGUUUGUCCGUCUGUGCUACCAGUGUUAAAACCUCCGAAACAGAUACUGUACAGUAUACUGUAGGUGUUGAGUGGCUUUUCAUUCUCAAUGAGAAUGUGUGGCAACAAUGCAAUAUGACGAACUGCUAAAACAGGUAUAGUUUUCCAGUCUGGAUGUUUUGUAACAUGGGCACUGUGUUUCACUGUCUUUUUCAAGUCAUGUACCUUAUUGCUGUUAGUUGUCUGAAUUUUACGAAUAGUGAUUCAUUUUCAGUGAUUACUGUGUAUGUCUGUUUAAUAAAUUAUUUUUGAGAUCA